AUGUAUAGGAACCUCAGUAGAGUUGGCGACUUCCCGCCGCACUAUACUGACGAAGGGUUGCCAAUUCAAAAUCGCAAAAGUACAGUCAUAGCUAUAAUAGCUUCAUUCCUGUGCCUAGCCUGGUUCUGCGUCGGGCUGCGAAUAUACACAAGAGUGCGCAUUGUUAAGGCACCUGGAUGGGACGACCUUACGAUUGUCAUUGCGCUACUUACAGGUUCAGCGACUGCAAUAGCGCUUUGUCUCAUGACUAACUACGGCAUGGGUCACUACUUUAAGGAAGUUCCUGAUAGUGAUAGAGAGAUGUUCUUCUUGCACCUCUAUAUUUCUAACGGAGCACUUUCGAUGUCUAAUGCCCUAGUGAAACUUUCUUUGCUCUUUCAGUAUAUGAGGAUAUUUCGAGACCGCAUGCCGCGCCUAAGGCUGUUGACGAUCGGUAUGAUUACGGUUGUUUCAAUCUGGGGCAUUCUCUUCUCUUUUAUGGCCUGGUUCCCCUGCUUCCCGCCGUAUCAGUACUACCGCCUUGGAACGGAGUCUAGCUGCUAUGGUUAUGGCUCUGUUAGCCCUAUAGAUAUUUAUAAUACUGUCGUCGCGGCUAAUGGAUCGAAUAUGGCGUUAGACUUCUUGAUCCUUUUACUACCUACUCCUCUUCUGUUCAGCAAGGAGACUGAACGUCCAACGAGGAUAGGGCUACUUAUGUUAUUUUGCAUUGGGAUACUAAUUAAUGGUAUUGCUGCAUGGCGCAUAGCUGCCAAUAAGGCGACAGGGGAUGAAGCGGGAGACCCGACACGAAUCACACCAGUUAUAGUCCUCCUAGGAGAGACAGAAAACCGUCUAUCUCUAAUUCUGGCAUCCAUUCCAGUAUUCUGGCCUAUAGUCGCAAAGACGUGGCGCAACGUUAUUACCGUUACGCAUGAAGUCACAAUCGAGAGUUCAUUAAGGCCCACUGGCGUAGCAAGACCAGGCGGAAUGGAUACAGGAUAUUCUUACGCCGGGGUGGAGCGUGUAGCCACCGUGGAUGACAUAACCGAAGCCGGAUUCCCGCAUCCAGGAAGGCUAUAUGAUGUGGACCGAUACGUGGCGGAGCGGGCAAGCCCGUUUGCUGAGACCCGAGAAGUUGAGACUACGAUUUCUGUACAACAUCGGCAAAACUUUACCGAGGGACCACGAGGGAGUAAGAAAAGUUUAUACGUAGGGACACGAAUUGAUGUGUAG